AUGGAUUCAAUUCAUUUUGAAAAGCAAGAAGCAUCAUUAUGUGCUCAACAUGCUGUGAAUAUGUUGCUUCAAGGUUCCUAUUUCACAGCUGUUGAUUUGGCCGAAAUCGCUUCAGAAAUUGACAGUCGUGAAGGAAGGGUACUGAAUGAACAAGAUGCUAAAAGUCAUAAUGUCGAUGAUUCGGGUUUCUUCUCGCUGCAAGUUAUUGCUGAAGCACUUAAAGUUUUCAACCUGGAACUUAUUCCUCUUAACAACCCUCGUGCUGCUACAUAUCGCGAUGAUCCAACGUUAGGAAGAGCUUACAUUUGCAAUUUAAAUGAGCACUGGUUUGCUGUUCGUCGUUUGGGCUUCCAAUGGUUUACGUUGAAUUCGUUGCUUCCAACACCAAGACUUAUUUCUGACACUUAUCUCAGCCUUUUCUUCGCUCAGCUUAUCAAUGACGGUUAUUCGAUAUUCGUUGUGGAAGGAGUCUUACCACUGUGCACUGCUGAUGAACAACUUUCUCAGUUUCCUGUUGAUCCAGCAUUAGCAGGUAUGAGUGAUUUAAAUCCUGUUGCGAAGACUGAAACAAUAUCAAAUGAUCAGGCCAAAGAUGAUGAAGAUUUACGGCUUGCAAUGGAAAUGAGUCGGCAAAUGGUGAAAGAUGACUCAGCAUUGAAGACAGCAGUGAGCAACAGUUUGGCAGAUGCACAGAAUAAGAAUAAUUUGAAUGAAAGCGAUGAAGAAUUGCAGGAAAGACUGCUUCAAAAAGCAAUUCAGAUGAGCUUAGAGAGUUUUGGGAUGGAAUCAUCUCAAGCAACAUCAAGUACAGCUGAAAAUAAUAAACUUUCAGCAUCCAUUAAGAACAGCAAACAAAAUAGUUCCCAAAUUCCUCAGAGUGAAGAGAUUCGCAGAAAAAGAGAAAAUUUUCUAAAGAAGUUUGAAAAAUGA